AUUAUGUUCACACAUGCAUUAUCUCUUUACCUAUAUUACAUUAUUGUUUGUAUUUGAUUUGUACACACUUACACUUGUUCUCAAUUAUUGCUUAAGCAAUUAGAAACAAUGGUUUCUUCUUCUUCUUCUUAUUGUUUAACUAGAAAAGCAAGAAUGGCAGUUGCAAUUGUUCUUAUUGUUGCCGUCUUUUUGGGUAGCUCUUCUGCACAACUCUCCACCAAGUUCUACUCCAAGAGUUGUCCCAUGUUGUUUGGUACUAUAAAAUCAGUCAUUAAAUCUUCCGUGAACAAGGAAAAACGUAUGGGUGCUUCACUACUUCGCCUCCACUUCCAUGAUUGCUUUGUCCAAGGAUGUGAUGGAUCCAUCCUCUUGGACGAUACCUCUUCCUUUAAAGGAGAAAAGACAGCUUUUGCUAAUAACAAUUCUGUUAGGGGAUACGAUGUCAUUGAUGACAUCAAAUUCGCAAUUGAAAAAGUGUGUCCUGGUGUUGUAUCUUGUGCAGAUAUUGUAGCUAUUGCUGCUCGUGACUCGACUGUAUUGCUUGGAGGACCAAACUGGAAAGUCAAACUCGGGAGGAGAGACUCCAAAACAGCCAGCCUCUCUGCAGCCAACAGCCCUGGUGUACUCCCAAGUCCAUCAUCAAAUCUCAGCGCUCUCAUCUCAAGUUUCCAAAACCAAGGUCUUUCUACUAGAGAUUUGGUUGCCUUAUCAGGUUCACACACAAUUGGAAAAUCAAGGUGCACAGUUUUUAGGGGUCGCAUUUACAGCGACACCAACAUUGACGCAUCCUUUGCUAAGAAAAGGCAACAGAAGUGCCCGAGUGUGACUGGGUCGGGGGAUGACAACUUAGCUCCUCUCGACCUUAAAACUCCUGCUUUCUUCGACAACAACUACUACAAGAACCUCAUCAACAAGAAGGGACUUCUUCACUCGGAUCAAGCUCUCUACAAUGGCGAAUUCACCGAUUCGUUAGUGGAAAAAUACAGUGAAAACCCAGCAUUAUUCAACUCCCAUUUCGCCAAGGCCAUGAUCAAGAUGGGUAAUAUUAGACCUUUAACCGGUUCCAGUGGUGAGAUCAGGAAGAAUUGCAGAAAGGCCAACUGAUAGAAUUCAGCAAAAUUGGAACAAAUGAGAACCCUCUCCUGUGAAAACCUGCGAAUCAACGUUAAUGCAUACAAUCAUAUAUACAGAUCCACACAACCUAUUCCAAAGUAGAUUGUGUGCAUUGUGCACUAAUAUAUGAGAUUGUGUGCAUCUAUAUAAACGCUUGUGUGUAUUUAUGUACAAGUUCGUAAGUUUUUCCGGAAA